AUGGCCCCCUCUCUAAAUGGCUCUGCUUUCUGUAAUGGACCCAAAAUGGCUGACUGUGAGGUACAAGGGUUCGUCUGUAAUGGAGCCAACAUGGCUGACUGUGAGCUAUGUGGUUAUUCUAUAAUGGAGCCAAAAUGGCUGACUGUGAGCCAGCCUCCCACUGUUCCUCCCAGCCCUCCUAUCACCAUUCCUCCCAACCAGCCAGCCUCCCACUGUUCCUCCCAGCCCUCCUAUCACCAUUCCUCCCAACCAGCCAGCCUCCCACCGUUCCUCUCAGCCCUCCUAUCACCAUUCCUCCAGACCAGCCAGCCUCCCACCAUUCCUCACACCCAGCUCUCCUCACAACCAGCCAUCCUCCCAGCCCUCCUACCACUGUUACUCCCAGCCAGCCUCCCAGCCCUCCUCCCACCGUUCCUCCCAGCCAGCCUCCCAGCCCUCCUACCACCAUUCCUCCCAGCCAGCCAGCCUCCCAGCCCUCCUCCCAGCGUUCCUCCCAGCGUUCCUCCCAGCCAGCCUCCCAGCCCUCCUACCACCGUUCCUCCCAGCCAGCCAGCCUCCCAGCCCUCCUCCCACCGUUCCUCCCACCGUUCCUCCCAGCCAGCCUCCCAGCCCUCCUACCACUGUUCCUCCCAGCCCUCCUACCACCGUUCCUCCCAGCCAGCCAGCCAGCCUCCCAGCCCUCCUCCCAGCGUUCCUCCCACCGUUCCUCCCAGCCAGCCUCCCAGCCCUCCUACCACCGUUCCUCCCAGCCAGCCAGCCUCCCAGCCCUCCUCCCACCGUUCCUCCCACCGUUCCUCCCAGCCCUCCUACCACUGUUCCUCCCAGCCCUCCUACCACCGUUCCUCCCAGCCAGCCAGCCAGCCUCCCAGCCCUCCUCCCACCGUUCCUCCCACCGUUCCUCCCAGCCAGCCUCCCAGCCCUCCUCCCACCGUUCCUCCCAGCCAGCCAGCCUCCCAGCCCUCCUCCCACCGUUCCUCCCACCGUUCCUCCCAGCCCUCCUCCCACUGUUCCUCCCAGCCCUCCUACCACCGUUCCUCAAAGCCACCCUCCCUGCCCUCCUACCACCGUUCCUCCCAGCCAGCCAGCCUCCCAGCCCUCCUACCACUGUUCCUCCCAGCCAGCCUCCCAGCCCUCCUACCACUGUUCCUCCCAGCCAGCCUCCCAGCCCCCCUACCACUGUUCCUCCCAGCCCUCCUACCACCGUUCCUCCCACCCAGCCUUUCCAGCCCUCCUACCACUGUUCCUCCCAGCCAGCCUCCCAGCCCUCCUACCACUGUUCAUCCCAGCCCUCCUACCAUCGUUCCUUCCAGCCAGCCUCCCAGCCCUCCUACCAACCAGCCAGCCUCCCACUGUUCCUCACACCCAGCUCUCCUACCAACCAGUCAUCCUCCCAGCCCUCCUGCCACCAUGCCUCCCAACCAGCCUACCAUCGUUCCUCCCAGCCAGCCAGCCUCCCAGCCCUUCUACCACCGUUCCUCCCAGCCAGCCUCCCAGCUAUUCUAUCACCGUUCCUCCCAGCCAGCCUCCCAGCUCUUCUAUCACCGUUCCUCCCAGCCAGCCUCCUAG